UAGUUCGUGACCUACCCACCUCCCCUCCCCAGCUGUGCAGUGGUCAUGGCUGCUGCGCUGGCCCUCAGGUGAGGCAGCGGGGAAUCUGGGUACAGUGGGUGAAAAGGACAGGUUCCCUCCAGGCUGCGACCGGAGCGGGCUGGGAGGCGGGGCGAGAGGUGUUGGCCGGACGCCGGGCGGGGCUCCAGCGGUUUUCACGCUGCUGGGGACCAGCUAGGAGCCCAGGAAGAGCAACUACCAAGAAAGGAGGUGAAGAUGGAGAUGCAAGGAUCUGAAGCAGCUAGAGAAACGGGUUUCCGGGGAAUGAGAACCCAGGCUAAGUGAGUCUUCACUGGCCCAGCUGAGAAAGGCCUUUGGUUGGACGCCCAACACCCCCGGCUUCAGACCCAUCCAGAGGGAGAGCAGAGCUGCCGGAGCCUCAGGACCCCUAGACUGACAGAGCUGGAAACCACCUGGACCUGGACCCAGGGGCAGCACUGCCAUGACGACCGGUCACACACCACAGGACAGGUACAAAGGGGUAUGGCUUAUCUUCUUCAUGCUGGGGCUGGGCACCCUGCUGCCAUGGAAUUUCUUCAUGACUGCCUCCAUGUACUUCAAAAACCGCCUGGGCCAAUCCCAGAAUGAAUCCAGCAUCAUGGCAAAGGAAAACAUGGACUUCCUGGAUCCCACACAACCCCCAAUGAAGGCCAGUUUCCUGGACUCCAUUUUCAACAACGUCAUGACUAUAUGUGCCAUGCUUCCCCUCUUGAUCUUCACCUGCCUCAACUCCAUCCUACAUCAGAGGAUCCCUCAGUCCCUUCGCAUCUUGGGCAGCCUGGUGGCCAUUUUGCUGAUGUUUGCCUUGACCGCCAUCCUGGUGAAAGUGCACCUUGACCCCUUGCCCUUCUUCAUUGUCACCAUGGUCAAGAUUGUUAUCAUCAACUCAUUUGGUGCCAUUCUUCAGGGCAGUCUGUUUGGCCUGGCCGGCCUCCUGCCCGCCAACUACACAGCUCCCAUCAUGAGUGGCCAGGGCCUGGCGGGAACCUUCGCUGCUGUGGCCAUGAUCUGCGCCAUCGCCAGUGGUUCUGAACUGGAAAAGAGUGCUUUUGGAUACUUUAUCACUGCCUGCGGGGUCAUUGUCCUCUCUAUCUUAUGCUAUUUGGUCCUGCCCAAACUGAAAUUCUACCAGUAUUAUCAGCAAGUAAAAACGGAAGCUCUUGGGGAGCGAGAAACCAAAAUGGAUUUGAUUAAAAGAGGAAUUUUGCAGAGGUCCUGCAAGUUUGACACCUCCGCACUAAGCCACACUUCCUCUUGGGUAGUGUUACUGUCUUCGAUUUACAUCUGGGGGGAUUCAGAAGCCCAGAAAGGAGAAGGGACUUGCCCAAGUUCACAAAAGCCCACAGCCCAAGAACUUUCAGAAAGGACCUCUGUUGGCGGAGAGAAUCCGAUCAAAAGUGUAGAAGUGGAACAAGGAGUCGCCAAGCCCAACCCACAGAGCACCUAUGAGAAGCCUUCCAUCAUAGCCAUCCUCAAAGAGAUCUGGGUUCUGGCAUUGUCUGUCUGCUUUGUCUUCACCAUCACCAUCGGCGUGUUCCCUUCUAUAACCGCUGAGGUCAAGUCCACCAUUGCGGGGACCAGUAACUGGAAAAACUAUUUCACUCCUGUUACCUGCUUCCUCACUUUCAAUAUCUUUGACUGGGCUGGCCGGAGCCUCACUUCUGUAUUCAUGUGGCCCAAAAAGGACAGCCGCUACCUACUUCCUGCCCUGGUGGUGUCAAGGAUUGUGUUUGUGCCAUUGCUGAUGCUAUGCAACGUCCAUCCGAGGAAGAACCUGCCUGUGGUCUUCCACCAUGAUGCCUGGUUUAUUGUCUUCAUGAUAUUCUUUGCCUUCUCCAAUGGCUACCUCGCCAGUCUCUGCAUGUGUUUUGGCCCCAAGAAAGUGAAAUCCUCCGAGGCUGAGACUGCAGGUUCCAUCAUGGCCUUCUUCCUGUCCCUCGGCCUGGCCUUUGGUGCCUUACUGUCCUUCCUGCUCCGGGCUAUAGUGUGACGACUCAGAACCUUCCAGCUGCUCUCCCUGCCCUGCCUCUCAUCCACUUCUGACCUCUGUUUUCACUACCCUUGCUGGGGAUGGAGGAGCAGAACCCCCUCUCUGGACACUGGGAGUCAGAUAGCUAGAGCUCCCUUAUCCUAGGGAAAGGGCCCCUUGGGACAGCACAGAGAGGUCAGUAGCUUGCUGCAGUAUUUGACCGACUGACCGAUGGAACCCCACUAUAGGCAAAACAGUGUUUAUCCCCCCUGCCUCUGUGUGUUUGUCCAUCCACGUGUCUGUCCCUCUGUAUGUCUGUAUCCAGUGUCAGGGACCAGGUGGAUGAGAUGAAACGUUGUUUUAGGGUCAUAUUUUUUCUGACCAUGUUUUUCCAUCCAUCCAGUCCCCAGCACCUUCCCUAUCCCCAGCCUUUCCAUGUAAUGUCUCAUGUACAGAUGGCAUUCAUUGCCUUUUUUAUAUUCAAGACAGAAAACCAGGUGCCCCCUUCAAGGCAUCAAAAUAAACCAUGCUAAAUUUUU